ACGGUUUCCAAAUAUAUUUCAUUAUAAUAUUUCCAACUUGUUAAACAACUCAACAUUUGCUAUAGCCGCCUCUCUAUUUUUCAGCUAUCACAAAAACUCAAACAAACAAAGAACAAAAAAACACUCUUGGUUCCUUCCUUUCAACAAGUUUUGUUAUUUGCUUCAUAUAGUUUUCAAUCGGAUUCAUUUGUUUGUUAAGUUUUCUUCAUCAAUCUUGCAAGAAAGAUUAUUCACCAUGGAUUGGUACUAUGGAUGUGGAACUAACGAUUUUGUUGUACCGAGCGAUCAAGAUUUAUUGGCUCAGAAUCAUUCACCGGAGAAUUGGUCAAAAUGGGGAAUAUCUGCACCUGAAGGUUACAACUCACCUAAAAGCUUUAUGACCAUGGAUUCAAAUACAACAGAAGCCAACUUCAAUUUCAACGGCAAAAGUUUCAGUAAUAAUGCAGUCAAAUUUGAAUCUUCUUCCUAUGAUAAAGAUCAAUCUAGCAGUUCAAGUUUAACUGAACAAUCUUUUCAACAAACACGGCUCUCACGUCAUCAACAUCAUCAGCAGCAAAAUUAUCAGCUUCAAGAACUAUCAUCAAGUUUCGAACAGACCGAUGACAUCUUCUUGGAUUCUAUACUUGAAGAUUAUCCAUGUGCUGAAAACCUAAACAAGUCAUUUUACUUUUAUCCUGAAAAUCAAUGCAGCAAUUCAACCGGUGGAUAUCAGAAAGAUAUUGAAGCUUCCGAGUUUGUUCCAUGCAACUCGAAUUCCGAUGAUUGCUUGAAUAUAGAGACACUCAAAAUCAUGGAUCUUUCCGAGCAAUUCAGUGGAGAUGAAGGAAUGGGUAAUCACUCAUCUAUUGAAGAAUCAACACUGCAGAAUCUUGAAGCAAUAAUUUCACAGUUCACUGAUAAGACUCGAAUUAGCUUCCGAGAUGCACUUUACCGCCUCGCCAGGGAUACAAAACAACAGCUUGUAGUCGAUGAUCUUGAUGGAGAUGUUAGCAUGCAAGAGCCAAUGCCAUGGGCAGUUCACAAUGAAUCCCUAAGGUCUGAGGACGAGCAACCGAUGGAAUCAGAGACCAACAGUGUUGACAGAGCGGUCGCAAAUCUCAUGUUCAACGGAACCGCAUAUUGUGAAUGUUGAUCCAAUUAAGAGGUUGUUCAUGCCCGAAUUUGGUUAGCAAUGCAAUUUUGAGCUGAAAAUUAUAAGUAAUAAGUUAAAAAAACCAAUUCCCUGUAAAUUAUUAAGCACUUUGUACCUGAAAAAUUAUAGGUAUUAUGUAAGUUUUGUUGAAGGAAUAGCUGUUUCCACCCAGCUCAAUUUUGAUUGUAAUGUACUCCAGUAAGUAAUUAUGUUUAUUAGUUGCUAAGUUAGGGACAAGAUUCUUAGGUGUGUAAGUGUAACACUUUGCUAUUGUGCUAUGAGUGUUUAUGAGUGAAUUUAUUAACUAGCUAUUAGUGAUCCACUGAAUGUAAAUGAUUGAGUUUAUCAACUAACUGUUUGCAAACUUGGGUAA